CCUGUAGAAGGGACAGAGAGGGGUGUAGAUCCUCACCUGUAGAAGGGACAGAGAGGGGUGUAGAUCCUCACCUAUAGAAGGGACAGAGAGGGGUGUAGAUCGCAACAGGAGGGUCCGGAAUCCCGCUGCACCGAUGCCCCUCCCCGUCCAGUCCUCACCCUCUUCUGUCUUAUCACUGCCCCCCCCCCAUGCUCCAGCCGGUAAGGGUUAAACCCAGUGAGCUCAUGUGAUCCCCUGAACACAUGAAUCAUCCCCGUGGCUCCUGUGCCCAGCGUGGGGAAGGGGCAGAUGCUGUGCCCCCAGGUUGCCAUGGCAACCCUGCCUGUACCAAAACUGCAGGCACCUCUCGGCCCCAGAUCCACCCUCUUGGGGAACUCGGGACCAGUCCCUUGCAUCCCCUCCGGGAGAGGCAGCAGGGGCGGCUGAGAGGGUAAGAGAGGGGAGGAGCUGGUGGAGGCAGCUUAGCCCGGAGCUGGGCAAGUGUAGUCAGAGGCAGGGAGAGGAAGCAGAAGACGCCGCCAGGAGAGGGAGACAGACCGACCGCCAGCCACAGGUCCUCAGACUCCACCUGAAGCCUCAGAGGCACAAGCCCGAUCCGGCAUCCCUCCACUUCCCCGGGGCAGCCGCGCCUCCCACGCACAUGCCCCCACACGCGCGCACACUCGUUGGCACACACUCCGCACGCCCAGCAGCAGCAGCAGCAGCAGCAGCAUUUCUGCACAGUGCCGACUAGGGUGGGUAGGCAGUCUGGCACGUGAAGUCCCCGAGGGACAGUGAGCGAGCGAGUUGAGACUUGGGGGGGGGGGGAGGAAAAAAAAAAAACUGGGGCUGACGCCAGCUCCCAGGCGGCCACCUCCCGAGGCCCCUCCUGCAUUCCUGGGCCGUGCACCCCUCGCCAAGACAGGGGGCUGAUGUCAUUCCCGGCUGCCGCCCGCCGGGCCAGGGGACCCAGGCCGGGUGGCUGCCUCCCUCCGGAAGUGAGUGCGCUGCCUGCUGGCCGGCAGAUUAAGCUUCGGGUCUAGAGUCUCCAGCUCCCGGUACUGGUUCAGGUGAGAAGAGCCUGCUGGGGACUGGCCGCCCUCUGUGGCUGGCCUCAUGGAUUACCUGGGCGACAAACUCUCGGUGGCCCAGACGCACAUGACCCAGUGGGUAGGCACCGUGAGGCGGUCCUUCCAAGAGGCCCUGCACGUUGUGACAGCCACGGUGGGCACCGAUCGGAGCGGGGAGAUGGCCGGCCGCACCCCGUUCAAACGCACCUCCUCCUUCAGACACCUGGCCUCCCGGAGCCGGGAGUCCUUCCGACGCUUCUCCGCCCGCAGCCAGCAGAGGUUCUCAUCCCUCAGGAAGAGGCAGCCGGACUCCGAGGCCCCCGAUCUUAACCAGCUGAAGCAGUGCUUCUCCAGGAGAGCCCCCGAGGCCAAGGACACCGACACCCUCGUGCACGAAGCCGACAGCCAGUAUGGGACCUGGGCAGACCAGGGCCAGAAUGGAGGCAGUUUCGGCCCCGAGUCCCCGUCGUCCCCCGACAGCAGUGCCACGUCUGCCGGGAAGCAGCCGCCGAGUAGCCACUUGUCCUCGUACACGGAGUCCACGUCGGUGGAUCAGCAUGACAGCUCCCGGGACCGGCGCAGCUCCAGCGCGGACCGCUCCAGUUCCGAGCUGGAGUCCACGGAUGGCCCAGAAGGGCCACCUCCGUCAGACGCUUGCCCAGCGGAGAGGGAGGAUGACUUCUCCUUCAUCCAUCAAACCUCAGUCCUCGACUCCAGUGCCCUGAAGACCCGGGUGCAGCUGAGUAAGCGAAGCCGUCGCCGGGCUCCCAUCUCCCACUCGCUCCGGCGCAGCCAGUUCAGUGAGUCUGAGAGCCGGUCCCCUCUGGAAGAGGAGUCACACAGCACGUGGAUGUUCAAGGACUCAACGGAAGAGAAGUCGCCCAGGAGGGACGAGUCGGAUGAAGAGCAGCCGCCCAAGGUGGAGCGGACCCCUGUCGGCCAUCCGCAGAGGAUGCCUGUGUUCCCAGGCAUGGACCCAGCCGUGCUGAAGGCUCAGCUGCACAAGCGGCCGGAAGUGGACAGUCCUGGCGAGUCUCUCAGCUGGGCACCCCAGCCCAAGACCCCAAAGUCGCCCUUCCAGCCUGGGGUGCUGGGCAGUCGGGUGCUGCCUUCCAGCACGGACAGAGACGAGAGGUCAGAGGAGACCUCACCCCAGUGGCUGAAGGAGCUGAAAUCCAAGAAGAGGCAGAGCCUGUAUGACAGACAGAGCCUGUAUGACGACAAUCAAGCUUGACCAGACGGGACAUCACUACGCCCAUAAACUCAAGCCUUAACCGCCGGACGUCAGGACCCGAGGCCAAGCCACCCGCUCCUCCCGGGCCAAGCUCACGUGCCUGGGCCUUUCCGCCCUGAAGACACUGUGCUGAGCCCCAUCUGGGUUCCCCACAGGAAGACCCUGCCCCAGGACCCGCUCCAGUCCCCAGAAGGAUCUUCCAGCUCUCCUUGCAGAAGUGGAUUGGCCUUUGGUGUGACAGUGUGGCCUCUGCGUACACCUCACAGGACCCUCUCAGCUGGAGAAGAGAGCCUCCCCGGGCAGCCCUUCUGGAAGGACUUGGACAAGCAAGCUUGAAUAGCUCUCGGAUGGCCAGGGUCACUGUCCAGGCAUUACACCGGUGUCUCCUGGGUCUUGGAUUUUUUUUUUUUCUUUUUGACGGGCUCUUCUUUCCCCACUUAGAGCCUGUGUUCGUAUUUAUAAGCACACACCCAACACCCCCGCCCCGUUCUGUCCGUACCCUUACCCUCCCUGUGGGGCCGUGUGCAGAGUUGGCCUGUGUCUCACAGCUUCCGUGGUUGCUUUAGAGGGGGAUAAAGCAAUAAUGCAGCCAAUCUUCUUUGACACUUGACGUGCGCAUGUAUCUCGGCACGGACAGACAGCGGGAAGGGACGGAUGGUGUCCAGUUGCCUCAGGUCGUCUGACCCCUGUCCACGCCUGUGAACGCGUGUGAGUCUCACCCUUGUCCAGGUCUGGGUGGCUCUUCUGAUUUCUGUGGGGUGGCCUGCUCCUCAGCCCCCAGUGUUACGAACCUCAGUCUGAAUGGACCGUGCCUUGGCCGCUCGCAUACCAGACCCGAUCCGGGUGUCUUUCCUUCUCAUCAUUUCUGAACACCUGUGUCCUGCUGGAGUGGAGCCCCCCACUAAGUCAGCUCGGACCGGAUGCAGUCCCACCCCCGCCAUCCGUGACCUGCCUGGCCGAGCAAUGGGUGGUCCAGGCCCAUCUGGAUGUUGAUCUAACUGAAAGGCUCCUGCCGUGGGAGCCUCAGGCCGGAUCCUGGGCCACAAGGUCUACGAUGUUCUUCUUCGUGUUCUGCUAGCUGAAUGCUCACUCCCGGGAGUCGCAGUCAGUCCUUCUGUACUCCGGACACCCACUCGGUCUCCUUUCCCUUUGGAAGUCCUCAAGGCCACCUCAGAAGCUCCAGCCCCAGCAGUCACCCCAGACAUGCCAGGCCGGCCGCCCACUGAGCCAACAGCUUCCAGAGACCUCUCUCCAGCCUCGCCUUGGUGACAUGCUUGUGCAGUUCCAAGGUGGUCUGUGGCUGUGGAGGGCCCUGGGUCGGGUGUUCUGAUAGAUGCCUGCCUGGCACGUGUGCCCACCACUGCCCUGAUGUCCUCAGCGGCAAAAGUCGUUCUCUGUAAACCCGUUACUUGCAAA